CGGUGCUUUCCUGCGGGCACGUUCUCUUGACGUCAUCGCGCCGGAGACUCUUGCGAGCGCCUCAGGAUCUCCGUCCAGCGAGCUCCCGAGAGGAAAAAAGUAUUUUCCUGCUGUUGACAACAGUGUCCCGGACAAGUCGAGAAGACCCCUCUCCUCCAGACCUGCAGCCUGAGCAUUGCUGGCCGCAGUCCACGCCCUUGGAGACCCAGACCGGUGCCUGACGCUCGGUGGGGAAACGCAGGUGACGCCAGUGAUGGCGGAGACCGGUGAGGGAGGCAAGGAGCAGCCCCAGCUGUCUGGGGAGGCAGGCGCCCCCAACGACCCCACGGACCGGGGCCGUGUUGUCUGGGCCCGAAUCGACGGGGGUCGUGGUCACGCAGAGGCCACGGUCCAGCAAAAGAAGGCGCCGCUUCCCGCGGGGGAUCUGGCCAUCGCUGCGGAAUUGGCCACCGACCGUGGCCCGCAAGCUGACGCUCAGGAUGCGGAGAGGGUCCUGGAAACCUGGGGCGCAGAGAGAGCCGCGUUUGAGGUGAAGGGGAGAGUGAAGGACGAGGGGGCAAAGGCUAUGUCGUGCGCGGACACCUCUGCAGCGGUACAAGAAGAGUUGGGCUCUGAAAUGCUGGAGCAAAGGAUGGUGAAGGAGGAGGGAGUGGAGGCGGCCAUAGAAGUGGAGGCACUGGGAGGGGAAGAAGUGGAUGUGGCCGAGGAAGAUGGAGUCAUAGGAGAGGUGGAGGAAGCGGGACCCUGGGCCCUAAAUAUGGAUCUGCACAUGGAUCCUCUGGAGGCCAUCCAGCUGGAACUGGACACCGUGAAUGCCCAGGCGGACAGGGCCUUCCAACAUCUGGAGCAGAAGUUUGGGCGGAUGCGUCGACACUACCUGGAGCGGAGGAACUACAUCAUUCAGAGUAUCCCGGGCUUCUGGAUGACUGCUUUUAGGAACCACCCUCAGCUGUCUCCCAUGGUGAGGGGCCAGGAUGCGGAUAUGUUGAGGUACGUAACCAAUUUGGAAGUGAAGGACCUCAGACAUCCUAGAACUGGCUGCAAGUUCAAGUUCUUCUUCAGAAGAAACCCCUACUUCAGAAAUAAACUGAUCGUCAAGGAAUUUGAGGUCAGAUCUUCCGGGCGAGUGGUGUCUCUUUCCACUCCAAUCGUGUGGCGUAGGGGACACGAACCCCAGACCUUCAUUCGCAGAAACCGAGAUCUCAUCUGUAGCUUCUUUACCUGGUUUUCAGACCACAGUCUCCCAGAGUCUGACAGAAUUGCUGAGAUUAUCAAAGAGGAUCUGUGGCCAAAUCCACUGCAGUACUAUCUGUUGCGUGAAGGAGUCCGUAGAGCCAGGCGUCGACCCAUAAGAGAGCCAGUGGAGAUCCCCAGGCCCUUCGGUUUCCAAUCAGGUUGACCUCCACCUUUGGGAAUACUGCUGCACCACGUCCCCUACAACCUCCUGCUGGACAGACAUAUGCUUGGGCAAGAGCGAUGGGUAUGCCUUUAUAUUUUUUAUUUUUUGGCUGAACUUGUGCCCUCUCUGGAUAUUCAGUUGUUUCAACCUCACGACUGAGACUGUUAUGGACAUGCUUCUCAACCCAUACUUGGCUUUCAUGCUGUUUUAUGUUAAUAGUAUUCCAUGCUGCAUGGCAGUGGAUCACACUGCUUGUAAGACAAACCAGGUAUGUAGGUUACAUUACCUUGAUCUGCACUGCAUGGACCUUGUUUCUACAAGGACCACUGAUCCUACCACCACUUGGAUUUCCUUUUUUUUUUUUUUUUUUUUUUUUUUAAUUGGUACUGGGAUGGAACUCAGGGCCUUUUGCUUGCAAGGCAGGUGCUUAUGCCACUGAGCUAAAUCCCCAGUUCCCAACCACUUGGAUUUCUAGCUUCUCUAGGAGUCCAUUCAGCUCAUCCUGCUCUGCUUCUGAGGAUCUCAGUCUGUGGAUAGUUACUGGAUGCUGGUGAUGUCAAGGGAGAGUAACAGUGGUUUAUGUUACUUUAUGACUGUGCCUCCACCAUCACCUUCUAAGUUGCCUGCUGUUGGCUGUGCCCAUUGUUUGAGUGUUGCCACCAGCUUUGUCUCCCACAUAAUCUUUUUCUGCUAUUAAAAAAAAACUUAAAAAAGUUAAAUGCCUGAAAAAGCAGACUUUUUUUUUUUUUUUUUUUUUUUUUUUGAUUUGGGCUCUUAUUUCCAGAGUAGAAAGGUUACCCCGUAAAAUAGAGACCUGCUUGUCCUCUCUCUCCUCUUCAGACCUCCCCCUAUUGUAACAAGUACAGAGUAUACAGGGAGGCCUGUUUAGUUGGAAAGAAAGGUAAAAUCUUCUUUACAGUUGAUUGAACAACUGGACCAUGGGACAGGCUUUAAGUAGGGAAAACUUAACAAAAGGCUAGAGGCAGAAACGAGCCAGGUAAAACUGGGUUGAGCAUGAAGACUGGACUGACCAAGGUAUCAGUCUUAUGAGGGGAGAUGCUUUCUCAGGAUUGAAAUAGAAAAAUUGCAGGGAUUUUGGAGUGGUAAAUAGGUUGUGUGGGAAAAGGUUCUUUAAAGAUACAGUGCAAUUUUGAAUGCUCUUCUUUUGUUUAUGUGAUGUGAUGUAUGUGGAAGAGUAAUAUUAAUACUUGUUACUUUCUGUUAAGCUGACUGGGAAAAUUACCUGUAUAGCUUUUUUUUCUCUUUUUUUAAACUUUCAGAACAUUUGGAAGAAUGACUGUUGUACUUUGCUGUACAGUGUUGUGUCUUAAGUAAACAUUCCUAGGAGAUUUCAGCUUGUUCUUUUUUUCUGUUAAACUAUUCGUAGAAGCAUAGUUUGGAUGGCUUGGUCUUUAUCGGACUUGUCAAGAUAUUGUCUUCAUGGAAAAAUAAUCCACAAAUACUGUGACUUUAUUGACUUUUUUUGGUAAUGUGUUGCAACUUAAUAAUGUAUAUGUGUCUUUAAUUGCAUUAAGUACUUGUGAGAGUAAAUGUACCAUUGAUAUAUGUGUCUUUUUUUGUAUUUGUGUGGUAGAAUAAAAGCAUGUCUCUGCUAGA